AUGCCUGUGUAUUUGGCAGUAAGAGGAAAGAUCUUCGAUGUAACGCCAGGCCGGAACUUCUAUGGUCCAGGCGGUCCAUACCAGAACUUCGCUGGCCGAGAUGCUUCAAGAGGUCUGGCGUGUGGGAGCUUCGAUCCAGAGAUGCUGACGGAGGAUCUGAAUGGUCCGCUUGACAAGCUGGAGGAUCUUGGUGGUGAAGAGAUGGAAGCGCUGAGGGGAUGGGAAGAGAGGUUCAACGAGAAGUAUCUUGUGGUCGGAAAGCUUGUGCCUGUGGGCCACGCAGAGGCAGAGCCUGAUGAGAAGGCGUCGUAA